GGCCACCACAGUGCUCGAAGCACCUCACUUUACCCUCUCCACGAAUGCACGAGGAUAGCGAAUAAAGCAGAGGCAGCUUCGGCAUGGAUCGGGAACGCAAGUUAGCGGAGAAAGAAGUGCGCGCGGUGGUGGCGGACUCGGAGUCGUCUCUCGCGCAGCACUACGUGCGAGAGUCGCUAAGGAAGAACAAAUUUGCUCUCGUGCUGUUCACCGUGGCGAUCUUCACUCCAGCCUUUUUCCUCAUCACCUUCUACACGGCCAAGGCACGAGAGAUUCGCGCCAACUUUAGAGACCCGUACGCGUUGCCGGAGGGCUUUGACCCCAAAACCGGCGAGUUCGUCAACAAAGAUGCGGAAACGAAGAGCGCGCAUGAGCUGCCGAUGCCGAGUCCUCUGUUGAUUGGCGACGAGCCGGGCAACUACGGUCCGCGGUCGCGUAAGCGCAGCAUCAUGUAG